ACAGUAAAUAAUAAAGAACCACUCUUUUUGCUAGCCUCCCUCUCUGCAGCCAUAUCCAAACAAACCAGCUUUUUUCCUCUCCAGGGCAUCCAUUCUUGCAUCCAAAAACAUAACAUUAAGCAAAAGACACAGCUAAAUUUCUGUUAUGUCCCAUGUCUAGUUAAGUUCCUUUCAUUACACCCACAGCACUUUAACUACAUUAACUGCUUCUGUCCGUCCCUCCUCUGCUCCAUCCUUUUAUUCUCAUCGAUUUGGUCACCAGAACAACUACAACUGCAGUGGGUCACCAUCUCCUUCUCUCUCUCUCUUUCUCAAACUAUGAAUACGUGAAGCGCAGUUCAACUCCAGGCAUGGUUCAGUAGCUCAAGAAACCAUGAGUUCCAGUAGCAUCAAUUAUCUCCAUUUCUUUGCUUUUUUCCUUCUUGGGAUUGCACUUCCAACCUUUGCUCUCAGCACAGAUGGGGUACUUUUGCUUUCUUUCAAGUACUCCAUCCUUAGAGACCCAUUAUCAGUCUUGGAAACCUGGAACUAUGAAGAUAAAACACCAUGCUUUUGGAAAGGAGUGACAUGCACAGAAUUAGGCCUGCCGGGAACACCAGAUAUGUUCAGGGUCACAAGUUUAGUCCUCCCCAAUAGUCAGCUUCUGGGUUCUAUCCCACCAGACCUGGGCUACAUUGAACACCUAAGACAUCUUGAUCUUUCCAACAAUUUCUUGAAUGGGUCAUUGCCAAGUUCGUUUUUUAAUGCAACUGAGCUACAAGUGAUUUCUCUUUCAAGCAAUGAGAUCUCUGGUGAGUUGCCUGAGUCUAUCGGUGCAUUGAAGAGUUUACAGCUGUUGAAUCUUUCUGAUAAUGCCUUGGCUGGGAAGGUACCUGAAUAUUUGACAGCUUUGCAAAAUCUUACAGUUCUUUCUUUAAGGACUAAUUACUUUUCAGGUUCUGUUCCUAGUGGCUUCAAUUCUGUUGAGGUGUUAGAUCUGUCUUCUAAUCUACUCAACAGUUCUUUGCCUCUUAAUUUUGGUGGGGAUAAUUUGCAUUACUUGAAUCUCUCUUACAACAAGCUUACAGGACCAAUUUCACAAGCUUUUGCAAAGAGAAUUCCAGAGAAAGCAAGUAUUGAUCUCUCAUUCAACAAUCUAACUGGAGCAAUCCCAGAGUCUCUAUCUUUGCUCAGCCAAAAAACAGAUUCUUUUAGAGGAAACCUGGACCUUUGUGGAAAACCUUUGUCAAAUCUUUGCUCAAUACCUUCAACCAUCUCUACUCCGCCAAAUAUUUCAACUACUUCACCAGCUAUUGCAGUCAUACCCAAAUCAUUGGACUCGGGCUCCCCACAACUAAACUCAACAGGAACCAGUCCAAGUUCCACUCGAAAUCAAGCCAAAAGUGGGCUAAAACCAGCCACAAUUGUAGCCAUUGCAGUCUCGGACUUGGCCGGUAUAGCCAUUCUUGCUUUGGUCAUUCUUUAUGUGUACCAAAUCAGAAAAAAGAAGACACUCGUCAACCAAACCAACCCACCGAAUAAAGAGCGAAAACUCCCACUUCCUUCAACAACCGUUGCAGUAAAAGAAGAGAUCGAAACAAGGAAGCCUAUAAAUUGGCCGUGCCUAACGUUAAAAGGAGACGAAACAUCGGGAACAACCACUUCUGAUGACGAUCAAGACAACGAAGAUACCAACAACGCAAACUGCAGCGAGAGCAAUCAAGAAAAAGAUAGUAAGCUGGUGGUACUAGAUGGGGAGACAGAACUUGAGUUGGAAACAUUGCUAAAAGCAUCAGCUUAUGUACUGGGAACAAGUGGAAGAAGCAUAGUGUACAAAGCAGUUCUUGGUGAUGGUACUGCUUUUGCAGUGAGGAGGAUUGGAGAGAGUGGAGUUGAGAGAAGAGACUUUGAGAAUCAAGUGAGGCUUGUUGCCAAAUUAAAGCAUCCAAAUUUGGUUAAGAUUUGUGGUUUUUACUGGGGAGGUGAUGAGAAGCUUGUUGUCUAUGAUUAUGUCUGCAACGGCAGCCUCGCAACCGCUGGUUACAGGAAACCAGGUUCAUCACCGAGUCAUCUACCACUUGAAGUCCGGUUCAAGAUAGCAAAAGGAGUGGCUAGAGGACUAGCUUUCAUUCACGGGAAGAAACAUGUGCAUGGCAGCAUUAAACCAAACAACAUCCUCUUGAACCUUGACAUGGAGCCAAUAAUCUCGGAUUUCGGACUAGACCGGCUUGUAUUAGGCAACAAUAGCAACAAAACGAGCAGCUCGAGUCGCCAUUUCAGUAGCCAAAGGUUCGCCUCCACGACGCAAGACCUCUCUAUAAAUGCCAGCAGCCACUAUGCGCCUUCCAGCUCCUCCGCGGCAAGCUCAUUGCCAUAUCAAGCGCCCGAGUCAUUAAAUAAUCCAAAGCCAAGCCCUAAAUGGGAUGUCUAUUCAUUUGGCAUUGUGUUGCUUGAGCUUCUCACUGGAAGAGUGUUUUCAGAUGGAGACUUGAGCCAGUGGACUGCCGGUUCAAUCAUGGAGGACAAGAACCGGGUUCUGAGAUUGGCUGAUGUGGCAAUCCGGACCAACGUGGAGGUUAAGGAGGAUGCCAUUGUGGCAUGUUUGAAGUUGGGUUUUAGCUGUGCUUCUUUUGUACCCCAAAAGAGACCGUCCAUGAAAGAAGCGCUUCAAGUCCUAGAGAAGAUCCCUUGCUCUAAUGUUUCAAACUAAUCACAUAUUUGGGUCCCAUAAAAGUGUCCUUUGUUGUAUUAAAGAGUAAUUGUUUCUUUUUAUCUUUUGUUGACUUGAAUAUUGCAUAAGAACAAAAGGAAUUAAUGUCGAUAUCUUAAUUGUAUGAGGAGGUGAUGUAUGUACUCUUAAUUAAUUAAUUAAUCGAAUGUUGUUUCCUAAAUAUAAUAA